UGAGGAGAAGUAAUUUUAAGAUUCAUACUGACUCAAGAGCAAAACGAACUUAGGAACACUCUUCUGGAGGACAUAGUGUCCAAAGUGGAUCAGACCAAAGCUGGCCUUUCAUGUGAGAUCACUCCGGCUAUUAAAUAUUAAAUAUUCACCCUGGAUCCUUCAUUACUGGACAAAGACGGAGGACACACGCUGGUUCCCAUGGAGCCCAACCUGUCCGGGUCUUUCCUCUUCAACAACGGCUUAAACCAGUUCCCGACGGACAUCAAGGCACCCAUGUGCCAAUACUCAGUGCCCAAUAGCUUCUACAAGCUCAGUCCUGGCAACCUGAACGCCCAGCUGCAGGCGGGUACACCACACGGCAUCAGCGACAUCCUGAGUCGAUCUGUAGUGGGAGCUCCGGGUAAUACUACACUGCUCUCUGGAUAUUCCAGCAUGGGGGGUUUUAGUGGCACCGUACCCACUCCGGGGGUGUAUUAUAACCGGGAUUACACCCAAACAACUCUGGGUGCUUUCCCCAAACCUACUGAGUGUCCAGGUGUAAAGGGACGCACCAGCUGCUGGGUGGAGGGAGGAUACGACUGGAGAGGAGGCAGACAACAGUGCAGUAACAUAGACAGUGGGCAUCCUGUUGAGACGGUGGGCAGAAAGAAACACACAAGGCCGACGUUCAGCGGCCAUCAGAUCUUCGCCCUGGAGAAAACCUUUGAGCAGACCAAAUACCUAGCAGGACCAGAGAGAGCGAGAUUGGCGUACUCAUUGGGCAUGACCGAGUCACAGGUUAAAGUGUGGUUCCAGAACCGUCGCACUAAGUGGCGUAAGAAGAGCGCGUCUGAGCCGAGCUCCACUCAGGCAUCCAGGGGCGAGAGACAGGCCACCUCAGACACUGAGCUGGAGGACGAGGAAUACAACAAACCUCUUGACCCCGACUCGGACGACGAAAAGAUCCGCCUGCUUCUGCGCAAACACCGCAGAUCAUUCUCAGUGCUACGCCUGGGGCCACAUCACAUCUGACACACACACAUGCAAACACACCCAAACAUCCAUACACAGGCAGAAACACACACGUACAUGUGUAUAUGACAAUGUUUACAUGCUGAAUAUCAAACCACACACGUACGCACACACUAACAUACAUAUACACACAGAUAUACUUGCAGCAUCUCUAGAGUAUAGUUUCAGCUCUGUCUUUCUGUAAAUAAUUUCCCAAAUUAUGUUUAUUUAUUGAACUUGACAUGCAAGAGAAAUUAUUCCUCAAUAUUCGGGUCUACUUCAGUGAGCAACGUCGAUGUUUGAUAAGUAUAUAACGGUGCAAUAAAGUCUUGUUGUUGCAAGUGUUUGUUGUGUCAUGACGAGAAUAAUGCUACAGUGCCCACCAUUAACAUUGGCACCAUAGGUAAAUAUGAGCAAAGAAGGCUUUGCCACCUCCAUUUGCUAAUAAAGCAGCUCUGAGUGAAUGAGAAAUGUUCCUUUAUAGAGAAUCUUUCCAGAUCCUUCACAUUUCAUGUACAACAACUCUUCUCUUCUCUUCAGUUGACCCCACAGGUCUGAAACCCCAGGCUAGGGACCCAUGUCCUGAAAAAAAAAAAAACAACGGGAAUAUACUUCAAAUAUUUUAUAUUCAUAUGAAUACAUAGUGCCAAUAAUAGAUACAUAUAUUUAGCAAAGAUACUGUGUUGUGUUUGGAAUUACUAAAUGUUACUCAAUAAAAGUAUGACAUGCUGAUCAUUAAUCAAUAAGAAAAUUGGAACAAAGUAAAACCACUCCGCUCUUUUGAUAAUUUAA